AUGCCGCGGGCCAGAUCCAAGCGAAAGAUAGCAGGUAUAGAAAAGUUAUUUCAUUUUACCUCAUAUUUUUAAUUCAGAAGAUCCUGAGACGACGGCUGGGAGGAGUGGAGUUGCUGAUGUCAAUAAUGAUGUAAUUACAGUGGUUCGAAAUUUUUUAAAGCAGCAAAAUGUUUUCCAGGACUUGCAAGUUUCAUCCGAUGAAGACGCGAUUUUGGUGGGGACGAGUUUUGGGACAAAUCAAGAUUCAGUGGUAUAAAAAAUAUAUAUUUGAAGAAUGAAAGAAGGUUCGGUUCAGACUGAAGUUCCGAAGAAAAAGAAGAGGACUCGGAAAAGGUCACUUUCGCCAUCGUUGAAAAAAACGCGGCAGAGGAAGAGCCUGCCAGUGUCAAUUUUCAUCAGAGUUCAGGUUGGUUUCAUUGUUCAUUCGUGGAAACGAAUAAUGUCCAAAAAUUCGGAGAUGUAUUUUUUUUCCCGCCUUGAUGUUGCUCUGAAACACAUUUUUAAAAAUGUUUCUCGUUUUGGAACGUUUUUCGCGUUUUUUCGAUUGAAAUGCUCUCAGAAGAUUUUUUUUUUGAGUAAUGCGUAAUCAAAAGUUGUUAAUCAUAUCCCUUUUACUCGAUUUGAAGGUUUUGAAAUCAUAUAACGCAGUCAAGAAGAAUAAAAAAAAUAUAAAAUGAUUUUCUGUUCAAAUUUAACACGCUGCCUGGUUAACUGUCAAGAACAACGUUUAUAGAAAAAAAAUUUUUUUUUUUGAUUCUGAUUAAACUUCACCUACUGUCAUAACCCAUCAUUAGAAAUUCGGACACAUCUUUUUAAGCCGUUUCCUGUUACUGUAGCCGGGUUACGGUAGGCAGGUGGUCACCUGCGUAUCUAAGUUUUGAAGAGUUUUCACUAGGCAAGUAAUAUAUAAAUCGAUAGAUAAUCCAAUUUUAGGAACUUUUACGGUACGUAUUUGCUUGGGGGUUACUCUAGGAAUUUUUGAGUUACGGUACUUUUUGUGUUUGUAAAGUCGGUUUUUCGGUCACCGUGGCCUUCGGAUUUAGGUCGAUCGUCAUUUUGAAUUUAAUUCACAUUUUCACUUUCUCAUAUUAAUGUGUUAACCCGUUUCAUUUUUUCAUAAUGCCAGCCUUUGAAUACUUUUUUGAACAGAAAUUUCCUGUCAAAAUGCAAAAAAGAACACUUUUUUAGCGACGGCCUAUUCCCGAUUCCAACCCGCUCAUUGGAACCCUCAAUAUUUGUACCGAUUACCGACGGAUAUUGUGUUGCACGCGAUUCGAAGAAAUGGAAACGAAGGAGUCGGCCGGGUUGAGGUAUUCAUUUUUCCUAAAAAUAGCCAAAUGUGGUCAAAGGUUGGCUUAGAUCAUUCAGAAGUGUUAAAAAAAUGGGAUAUUUUCGAAAUUUGUUUGGGACAAAUAAGUGAAAUCUGAGAAGAGUAGGGUAAAAAAAUACGAGUUUUUUUAUAAAUAUAAUGAGAUUGAGUUGAAAUUUUCUUAUAUCAUUCGGAUAAAAUCGGCUCAUUUUUCUCUUUUAAAUCUUCAACAUCGCAAAAAAAUCUACUUCUAAUUAUUUAAAAACAAACUUUGAAGCGUUAUAACUGGAAUAAACGCGAAAAAAAACGUUUAGUAAUUUUUACUCUGCUCCAGAAUUUGUUUUUAAAACUUUCAGAACGAACUUUGAUCGGAUUCUCAACCGGAACAUGUAAGAAAAAGUAUCAAAAUUUGUAUUUUUUUCAUUUCUUUUUAUUGAAAAAAAUUGUUUAGUAGUACCUUCAUUGACGUUGAAAUUGAUAAAAGGACCGUAAAACUUCAAAAAAAUAAAAUUCCCAUCAGAUCGCCCAAAUUCUCGGCAUGGACGCCUCAACAAAAUCCGGAAAUCGUCGAGUUUCCGCGUUCAUCCAAACAGUUUGUGCCGAACAUCCGAAGGAGGUCGGCCAGUUUCAAAAAAUGGAAGGCAAAGUGCGCAGUUUGAGGUUUUUCGAGAGGAAUUUUCGCAAAAUUGAGCAAUGGUUUCUAUUAGAUAUUACUGGAAAGACGACAAUCAGCCGGGACGUUUCGAUGAAUUGUACGAGAAAUUUUCGGCAGAGUCCGGCGGACCGUGUCCUUUCAAAAUGGGAGAAGUCGUCAAAUUUCCCGCUCACAAAUUGAGUUAGUUUGAAAAUUGAAAAAAAGGUUCCGUGGGUUUUAGGAACUUUUUUAUUAGUUACAGCUUAAAAUUGAGAUCUUUAGCAUUCUGAAGUUAGUUUCUUGAAAGAAAAUAAGCGGAGACAAAUUUUGGGAUGGUCUCGAGGCGAAAUACAUCAUUCCAGUAAUUUCUGAGGACAAUUGUGAUCUUUAAAUAAUCUUUAAAAUCUUCUCGGGAAAGUCAGAAAAAGAAUAAUUUUAUAGAAAAAGUUUCAAGAUAUAUAAGUGUUUAAAAAAAUCGAUUUAAAAAAAGAAUUUACUCGUGGAUUGUAGAAAAUAGUUCUCUUUACAGCUUGAAGUUGAAAUUCUUAACGUCCUGAAGCUAGUUUCUUUAGAAAAAAAUAUUUUUUUCAGUAAAUAUUCGAAAUCAAAUAAACUUUUUUUGAAGUCAUUCGGUGCUUCUGAACCAUUCCAAGUUUAUUCAGGAAGCUUUUUUUGCAGCGCAAAAAAAUUAAUAUUUUUUUGGAAUUCGUUAUAGAGUUAGUUUUGUCAAAAAAAAAAACGAAGCUAUGAUGUGUGAAGGGAUAGAGAAAAGUUUGAUAAAGGUCUCGAGGCGAAUUAGUUUUUGAAAAUGGAAAAUUUGGAGUAUUUAAAAUAUUGGAAAAAUGAAUGACUUGAUAAAGGUCACCGAAAUAAUCAUUUUAGCGGCUUUUUCUUUCUUUUUUCUCUGCAUUCUCACCUUUUUACGAGAUUUUCGGAUUUUUCUAGAGCUAAUUCUGAGAAUUAUUGAUCAAAUAUUUACGAGAUUUAACCAUUUUUUUGAAACGAAAAAAAUUAUUUUUUUCUCGCUUUUUGGCCCUCAAUUUUUCUCUCUAUUCAGAAUCCCCAUGGCAAAUAAGGUAUAGGAAAAUAUAGCCUUUUUAAAAAAAGACUUUUUGAAUUUUUUUCAAGGACGAAUGUCCUAAAAAAAUACGCUGAGAACCGCUCUUUUUCUUUGAGAUCUUUCUGAAGAUUGACUCCUUUAAAAAAAUCAAUAAAAUAUCGGAUUUUCAAAGGGUUUUUUUAUUACUGUUGAUGAAGUAAAUAUUUAAAAAAAUAUGAAAUCAUAGCUUUUUUUCUGACCUUUCAGCCUCAAGUUUAUGCUUUUUAAGGUACUUUACGGAUCUCCGACGUCACCCUGAAACGCCUGAUUCUAUUACUGGAGCUUGCGAAUAGAUACCGUGUGAUUGUCACGAUAAAUCAACUGAUGAAAAUGGUGGAGAGCAAGGAGAAGGCCGAGGGCUACAAGUUCACUGUAUGAUUUCUCUCGAAAUUGAAAAAGAAAUCUUGGGAAUUUAUUCAGAUUGAUAAAAAGUCGCUGAUGAAGUGCAUGUUGGCCUUGGAGAAGGAGAAUUUGCUCCACAUUUAUGAGCAGAAUGUUCGAACCGAUUGUAUUGACUACAAGGUGGGGAAUUUCUUUCAAGGAAAACGAAUGAACAUUUAAGAUUUCAUAGCGAAAAGGGAUUUUUAAAAAGCGUUUAUUAGGGUUCUUUGUUGGAUUUUUUUAAAGGAAAAAAACUGAAAUCAGAAAAAUUUUUGAAGCGAAAAAAAAGGCGUUUAUAGGUUUUUUUCUAGCCUUUAUUAGGGUCAUUUUUGGGUUUCUUUUUAAGGAAAAUGAAUAAAUUCAGAAGAUUAUUUUUUUAAAAAGGUUUUAAGAGCAGAUUUUUCAAACUUUUUGUUUUUCGAUUUUUUUGUCUUGAGAAAUAGGUUCAAAAAAAGUAUCUUCUUUUUUUCUCGAGUUUUUUUAAUUUCUGCUAAAACCUUUGAAAGUUCUUAAAGCGUUUUUUUGGUUUUAUUUUUGGAAGGAUUAAAUUUGAAUAAGGUAUAGGUUCAUAAAAAAAUGAGCUAUAUAUCUUAAAAUUAUUAUUUUAUCUCUCAAAAAAAUGGCUUGAAAUAAGCUUUCCUGAUGCAUUUGGAAGUAAAAUCUUUGCCGUUUUUCAAUUUUUUUCAAAGACUUAAAAAAAUUAAAAAAAUCGUCAUAUUUUUUUGAGGUUCAAAUAAUGUGCCAUCGAGACGUGAAAAGUGCGGAUAGCUACGAAAUUGCCGAUGCGAUUUUUGAAAAUUCUGGACGAUUAUAAUCGGGAAGGCAGGGUGUUCCCGCAUGGGCAGUUGAGGUAACAACGGAGAAAAAAAAAUUUUUUUAGCCUAAUAUUGAGCAAAAAAAAUGGUCUAAUGAACAAAAAAAAAAUGUGAAAUUUCAAUAAAUAAUUUAUUCGAGUUUUGAAAUGUAAUGUAGGUUUGGAAGGGAAACAAGCGUCGAUUUCCUUUUUUUUUUAAAGAAAUUAAAGUUUCUGAAGUUAGGAAAAAGGCUGCAAAAGAAGCAUUUGAAAAAAGUGAAAAAUCAGGGGUUCUACUUUUAAAAACUCCAGAUUGGUCUCCAUAGGGGCUACGGCCCUUGGAGGGUCCCCUUUAGGGACCACGACCACUAAGGCUUGCAAAAAUGGUCCCUCUAGGGGAAUUUUAGUCGAUAAUUUUUAUGAGCUCCAUGUGAAAAACUAAAAAAAAAACAACCAUCUAUGAGAAAAUUGAACGACCCCUAUAGGGACCACUCUUAAAUUUCUAAGUACUGCCAAAAAAAUAGGAUUUUUAAAGAUUCUCAAAAACGAAGAAAGAAGAAUUGGCGAAACUGAAGACGAAAAGAGAGGAGGAACUGGCGAACAUCAACGAGGUCUUUGCGGAGAACGGAGUUUCAUUCCAAGAACGCUAUAAUCUCUGGAGGCUCCAAGUCUCUCGCGAAGCCAUCGCCUCGACCAAAACGAAAAAUGUAAAAAAAAAAUUUCAUAACUUCUUCGAAUUUUUUUCAGGGCUCUGCCGAUGUCUCACAGGACAGUCGUCUUGAUGAGGUUGCAAAAAAACUUAAGAAAGAGAAAAAUAACAGUUUUUUCAGACCUUACCCGAAUCUUACUCCGAUGGUAUCGGGUUGGGCUCCUUGGGCGAAACAGGUACCGUUUUCCUGUUCUGAAAAGAUGUGGAAAUCUGGGAAAAUUUUUAGUGGCCCCUUUAGGGUUUUGAAGUUUUUGUGGCCACAAUAGUAGUCAAAUUAGUGGCCACCAUAGAGGUCUAAGUGCUUCCACUAGACCAUUAAAAAGUGGCCACUAAAUAGAGAACAUCUAUAGUGGCCAAUAAAACGGAAAAUAGUGGUCACUAUAUAGGUGGGUUUAGUGUCCUCUCAAAGUAGUCCUUGGCGAGCCUCUAUAGUGGCCACUAAAAAUUUUCCCAGUAAGCUAAGUAAUUUGAAAGUUAGUAUUUUUAGAGCCAUGUUGUAAGUUUGACUGAAAAAAAGUUCAGAAAUUAUGAAAACCUGAAAAUUUACUAUUUUUAAAGCCGAAUUUUGCUUCUGUCACCUGAAAGAUAGGCUGAAAAAUGACAGUCUUCUGAAAAACUUCUCUGUUAAAGCCGCAUUUAGCUACUUUUAUCUCAGAAAAAGUUUCAUAAAGGAUAGACUUAUUUUUUAAAAAAUCAUAAAUUUCCUGCAUGUAUCUUGAUUUCUAACUUUUUUCUUGAGUUCUUUCGAUUUCCUUUUCCUAGUUUGAGUUCAUAUCAAAAAUCUCAAAGAAAGAUAUUUUUUAUUUUGUCACGACAUUUUCGCUCUCGCACUUGAGGACGGAAGCUUGUAAAUGAUCUGAAUUUCGAAUUUUAGAUUUUUGAAAUGAGAGACUUCUUUGAAAAAACUUUUUUUAACGCGGCCUAUCGAACUUCUGUUAGGGAAGGAGCUUCAGAAAUGAUAGACGCCGACAAAAGACGCUCGACGACGCACUACGACGCGAGCUACACGUUCGGCUACCAGGCCAAGGCGAUCCGCUGCAUGGUCCUCCACGAGUUCGUCUGGAAGGUCGUCCGAAGCGACUUCGACGCCUCCCUGCCGGACCUCUACCAGCGAUUUCCACCCGGAAAGCCGUUCUCCGAUUGGCCGUCGCCUAAUCUCCAAGAUCUGCCCGUCUAUACUACGGAGGAAGAAAACUCUCCUUUCCGUUUCGUACCGUCUUUGUCGACUUUUUCGGAUAUCGAAAGGUUGGUUUUGUACCGAAAAGGAGUGCCUUCCGAAAUGAAUCUAAACAAAAAAGAUGAAAUAUGUGCCGCUUUUAACACGCAUUCUCCCAGAAAAUCGAACAAAUGCGAAAAAAAUUGGUACAAAAAUUUCAUCUUUGUUCCUGAGAGCUCUCCUUGCUAUGAUAGAUAGUGGACAACCUCUUGAAUAUUUAGAACCAGGUUUUAUUAGGCUCCGCCCACUUUCAGGCUUACUGUAGAAAAAACACCGUAAAAACCAAACUUAUUUCCUAGUGGAGCAAAUUGGUCCAAACCAAUUUUGAAACAAAAUAUGUUCUCUUUUAAACAUUUAUAGUUCUAGAACUGACCCGGAAAAAUUUUUCUUUCAGAAGAAAAAAAUUCAAGUUUUUUGAAAAAUGACGAUUUUCGCAGUCUUUGAGUCAUAACUAGUACUAGAACCCCCGAAUGCCUGGAUUUUUAUUUUUUCAAUCGACGCGUUAGGGUCUUGUGAGUAGAGGAAAAAUGCCUAGAAACUCUGAAUCCGGGUGAUCCAGUUGACCUCCAUCUCGAAGAACGCGGCCAACUUGAAAAUCGCAAAACCUUUGAAAAUUUCUAAUAUUUGUGAAAGCCGGAUUCCGUCUUGUUUCUUAUUUUUGUUCAACAUAACACAGCCUGCUGCAAAAUUGCAGCUCAAAAGUAGCUAGCUGGAACCCUUUGAAAAAAAUUUCUGACGUUUUUUUCUGAUUUUUUUCGUUUUUUUCGGCAUUUUUCAAACUUUUUCGCUCUAACUAGUACUAGAACCCCCGAAUGCCUGGAUUUUUAUUUUUUCAAUCGACGCAUUAGGGUCUUAUGAGUAGAGGAAAAAUGUCUAUGAACUCUGAAUCCGGGUGAUCCAGUUGACCUCCAUCUCGGAGAACGCGGCCAACUUGAAAAAUGACUAAAUUUUUAAAAAAAUCAGUUACUUUCUUGGGAGCAGGAUUUUUCCCUCACUUCUUUUUUUGCCAAUCAGACACAAUCCACUCAACAAAAAAUUGGAACAAAAAGUUAUGGCUCUCAAGCAUGACGAAAUUUUUUUUUUUCCAAUUUUUCACUUUUUCGGAUUCAUUGUUUUUUUCUUUCCUUUCCAAGCAUUGAGCUCUACUGGAUUAGGAUACCAGGAAUGCUUAGAGUUUUUUCGUUGUACUGAUCCGUUACAUCUUUCCAAGUUCUUUAAAAAUAUUCCCAAGCUCUGUUUCCGGGUGAUCCAGUUGACCUCCAAGCAGCCGAAGCGGUCGACCUCGAAGUCGAGCGAAAUUUAAAAAAAUUUUCCAAACCGUUUUUUUGCUUCCUAACCAGUAGUUCUCAUCAUCUGGAGGGUUUUCAGUGUAGUUUCCACCAAUUGCUGGCGUCAAUUUUUAUUUUUAGCUCAUUUUUAUUUUUUUGAGAAUUUUUUAAAAUUUUCGACGGGACGCAGCCCCAGCAAUACCCCUGUCUGUCGAAUAAUCUGGAAUUCCCUGGUAUUAUGCCUAAAAGAAAGUUCCAACUUACGUAAAGACACUACUUACGAAAAAAAUAGGGACUACUAUUUUGUGAAAAAGUAAGAAUCUUGUUUAUCGAUACCAAUUGUUUGACUUUUUUUUGAGAAAAAAAUUAUUCUGGACAAAAAAAUCAUACAGAAAAUAAAGAAAAAACUAUUUCAAGCAAAAAUAAUCAAAAAAAUUUUAAAAAACUUUUUGUCCAAAAUAAUUUGAUCAGCGUUUCAGUCCAGUUGAUAAUUCAAAAGAAAUGAGAUAAAAAAAUUUACGCCACAGAAAGAGGAGCAAGUCUCCUCUAGAUUCUUGCAAAAAAAAAAAAUACAGAAAGCGAUCUAUUGAUCAUGCCUAUGGGCCGAGAGAAAAUUUUUGUCGAAAGUCUUCGUUUUCGAGUGAACUGAGAAGCUAAGCUAUUUUGGACAAAAAUUUUUGGUCCAUUUCCCCAAUGUCGAUGAAAAAAAAACUGGACUGAAACGCUGAUCAAAUUAUUUUUGGACAAAAAAAGUUUUUUUAAAAAUUUUUUUGAUUAUUUUUUUGCUUGAAAUAGUUUUUUUCUUUAUUUUUCUGUAUGAUUUUUUUGUCCAGAAUAAUUUUUUUCUCAAAAAAAGUCAAACAAUUGGUAUCGAUAAACAAGAUUCUUACUUUUUCACAAAAAUAGUAGUCACUAUUUUUUUCGUAAGUAGUGUCUUUACGUAAGUUGGAACUUUCUUUUUAGGCAUAAUACCAGGGAAUUCCAGAUUAUUCGACAGACAGGGGUAUUGCUGGGGCUGCGUCCCGUCGAAAAUUUUUAAAAAAAUUCUCAUGAGCUAAAAAAAUAAAAAAAUUGACGCCAGCAAUUGGUGGAAACUACACUGAAAAACCCUCCAGAUGAUGAGAACUACUGGUUAGGAAGCAAAAAAACGGUUUGGAAAAUUUUUUUAAAUUUCGCUCGACUUCGAGGUCGACCGCUUCGGCUGCUUGGAGGUCAACUGGAUCACCCGGAAACAGAGCUUGGGAAUAUUUUUAAAGAACUUGGAAAGAUGUAACGGAUCAGUACAACGAAAAAAAACUCUAAGCAUUCCUGGUAUCCUAAUCCAGUAGAGCUCAAUGCUUGGAAAAGGAAAGAAAAAAACAAUGAAUCCGAAAAAAAGUGAAAAAAAUUGGAAAAAAAUUUCGUCAUGCUUGAGAGCCAUAACUUUUUUUGUUCCAAUUUUUUUGUUGAGUGGAUUGUGUCUGAUUGGCAAAAAAAGAAGUGAGGGAAAAAUCCUGCUCCCAAGAAAGUAACUGAUUUUUAAAAAUUUAGUCAUUUUCAAGUUGGCCGCGUUCUCCGAGAUGGAGGUCAACUGGAUCACCCGGAUUCAGAGUUCAUAGACAUUUUUCCUCUACUCAUAAGACCCUAAUGCGUCGAUUGAAAAAAUAAAAAUCCAGGCAUUCGGGGGUUCUAGUACUAGUUAGAGCGAAAAGUUUGAAAAUGCCGAAAAAACGAAAAAUCAGAAAAACGUCAGAAAUUUUUUUUCAAAGGGUUCCAGCUAGCUACUUUUGAGCUGCAAUUUUGCAGCAGGCUGUGUUAUGUUGAACAAAAAUAAGAAACAAGACGGAAUCCGGCUUUCACAAAUAAUAGAAAUUUUCAAAGGUUUUGCGAUUUUCAAGUUGGCCGCGUUCUUCGAGAUGGAGGUCAACUGGAUCACCCGGAUUCAGAGUUUCUAGGCAUUUUUCCUCUACUCACAAGACCCUAACGCGUCGAUUGAAAAAAUAAAAAUCCAGGCAUUCGGGGGUUCUAGUACUAGUUAUGACUCAAAGACUGCGAAAAUCGUCAUUUUUCAAAAAACUUGAAUUUUUUUCUUCUGAAAGAAAAAUUUUUCCGGGUCAGUUCUUAACUAUAAAUGUUUAAAAGAGAACAUAUUUUGUUUCAAAGUUGGUUUGGACCAAUUUGCUCCACUAGGAAAAAAGUUUGGUUUUUACGGUGUUUUUUCUACAGUAAGCCUGAAAGUGGGCGGAGCCUAAUAAAACCUGGUUCUAAAUAUUCAAGAGGUUGUCCACUAUCUAUCAUAGCAAGGAGAGCUCUCAGGAACAAAGAUGAAAUUUUUGUACCAAGGGUUAAUCGAAAAUCUCGGAGAACGUGUGUUAAACUCUCAUGCCUAUAAGGGUAGGCCAGCCGGGCUAACACGGGGCUCAACGGGUGUACCCGUAUCAAGUCCGGUUGAGCACGGCUGAUAGAACUUUUAGCCUUUUUACCACAGCUGAGACCGCUUUAGCACAGUUAGGUUUCCUAUUUUUCUUGCGCCCGCUUUUCUCCUGUUUCAACCCAAAUAGCUAAAAAAAAACGCGUUUAGAACGGGUACACUCAUUAAGUACUCUCAUGCUGAUUAGGGUAGCCCUGUCGGACUAACGCGGGGUAACAGCGGGCGUACCCGUAUUAAGUCCGGUUGAGCACAGCUAUCGACGUUUUUCCCACACCUGAGGCACCGCUUUAGCGAAGUUGGAUCUGAGAUCUUUAAAAUAAACAUAGCUGGGUCACCCUUUUUUCUUAUUUCCCUUGUUCGCCCGUCUUCACCCAAACAACUCAAAAAAAACGAAGUUAAUACGGGUACACCUAUUGAGUUCUCUGAUUCUGAUAAGCGUAGCCCUGCCGGGCCAACACGGGGUAUAAGCGGGUGUACCUGACUAGUAGGUGACAACAUUUGUUGAAAUUAGGUUCCAUCUAAUACAUCUUGAAAUAUUUCGAUUUGAAAAAAAGUCAAUAAUUCCUUCAGGGGUUGGUUCAUGCUGCAAGAUAUUGUAGUGGCGAUGCCAUUGUCGAUUCUCGUCUUAAUUGCUUACGUUUCAAGAAAAAUUCAGGUUGGUGUCUAAAUUUGAAGCUGGAUAGAAGAAAAAUAUAAGUUAAGAAAUGGAUUUCGAAAUAUUUUGAAGGAAUAAAUAUGGUUUUCCCGUAAAACGAAUAAUUUCCGGUUAAAACUUCCCGAUGGUUAAAUUUUUUGAGUUCUUCUUCUUCUUCUUACGCCUUUGUACCGCUUGAGCGGCGUCGGCGCCCCAUGUCGAUUAGCCGAGGUCCUAUCCUGAUAAUCAGUGGACUGGCUCCAGUGACAUAUCCGUCCUUGUGUGUGACGGAUGGGGAUUUUGAAGUCGUUUGAGUUAUGAUCGGAAAAACAUGAAUUUCUCCAUCUGUUCCUUAAUUUGGGACGCCUUCAGGCUGAAAAUUUUGUUUGCCAGGGUUGAGACACGCUUCAGAAUCGGUUUUUUUUUCUAUUUUGUGUAUUUUUCCUUGCUUGACAUGUUAUGUUUCAACUAAAUUAUAAAUAUUAUUAUUUUUUGUUUUUUUAAUUUCCGUUGAUUUUUAAGCAAAAAAAUGGAUCGUAAUAUUCACUGGAAAAAGUCCAAAAGGUUUCAAAAAGGACUUUAGGAAAAAAAGGCCUUUAAAAUGCCUCAAAAAGCGUCUUUUUUCAAGAAUUUUUUUCUGAAAAUUAAGGAAUUGUAAAAAAAUAAGGCGGAAAAAUUAUGCAAAAAAAGGAGAUUCCCAGAAACUUUUUGACACCUUUUUUUAGGAACUCAGUGAGGAUCUUUAGGCUCUUUCUUUUUUGGCCUUUUUGAGGUCGUUUGGACUUUGUCUGUGUUAUAUAUUUUUUCUCGCAAAAAGCUCAGAAACGCUUCAAAAUCCCCCUUUUUUUCGAUUUCUUUUUUUCUUCUUUUUUGAGAUUUUUUUCAUCUAACAAAUUUUUUCCUGAUCCUUAUUCUAUCGAAAAGCGUUCUUUUUUUGAAAAUAUGGUUCAGAAACCUCGCCUUCACUACUACCUGAGCGAUCCGAUCAGAAGGCAUACCUGUCUUGGAGACCUCGCCCCGGAUCUUCGAGAACUCCUUCUUAAGGUAAACCCAAAGAAAAUAACUCGAAAAAUGGAAUUUUCCAGGACAAGAAGCUCUACAAGCAAGUGGAGCAUCUCCUUCUCAGCAUGGGAGUCAUGGGCCUUUUUUCCUACACCGAGAGUCCUGACCCAAAACGUUUCAACUCGGCUUGCACCGCUGUUUUCCAUAUCAAUGCCAAGUUUGAGGGUCCGGAAAAAUGGUUUUUGAAUAAUAAUUUUAGAGGGUUGCUCUAUGACACGAGUACCAGUGAUCGGGGUUACUCCGAAGUCACGCCCCCCAUCAAUCGAUAUAAAAGAUAUGAACACGAGUUCAAAACGCAGGUACUAGAGAAAUUCAGAAAUAGUAGAGUGGUCCCUCUAGGUGUCAGAAAAAAAAUAGCCCCUAUAGGGAUCGAAUUUAGAUGACCCCUCAGACCCCAAAGCUCAAAUGGUCACUAUAGGGACUUUAUUGAGUUUUUCGCAUCAUGCUUCAUCUCGUAGAGUUCAUAAGAAUACUCUACUAGCAUGUUCCAAGCUUUAGUGGCCCCUAUAGGGGAAAUUAAAGCGGUCCUCAGAGGAGAAUCUUCAAGGGCCCUUAAGGGACCACUCUGGAGUUCAAAAGGAAUGAGAAAAAAAUAUGUUUAUGGUGAGUACUAAAGUUCAAAAAUAAAGUGGGAAAAACCCUGAAAAAUAGUACUUUUUCAUGGUCGCACUUGGAAUGGAUCGACUGGUAAUUUUAUUUCUCAUUAAGUAGAUCAGAACAGGAAAACGUUGUUUUUCGAAUGUAGUAGGGAAAGAAGGAGCUUUUUGAGAGGAACUUCGAAAAAUAUCCCAAAAGUUAGAAGAACAUACAUCGGCUGCCCCCCCUUCAAAAAAAAAAGUUUAAAAAAACGUUCUGAAAUAAGCCGCACUUUUUGGGGGAAGGUGGGUAGGCCGUAGUUUGGGGGGUAGGCACCCCGGGGUGAGAUUCCGCCGAUGUAUGUUGAAGAAUUAUAAAGUAAUAACUGUUUCAUGGAGAUAUUUUUUAUCCCGAAUUUUCUAGGAAAACGUUGUCCUCUACUGGCAUCAUCUACGCGCCAUCGUCCAAUCGACGCCACUGGCUUUCCGGAUGGAUGGCCAGAAAGAUACGCAAACCACGCAGCGCUACCGCAGAUACGCCAUGGGACAGUUCGACAAGGCUUUUCCAUAUUUUUUGGCUUCAAAUCAAGUCAACUCUUCCAGACGAUGAUUCUGAAGCCAACGGAUCAGCCCAUCGACCUGGUACCGCCCUUGGAGCCCAACAACGGAUGCGCUGGAUUCGAUUGCGGCCUCUUUUUGUUGGUUUUUCGACAGAAAUUUUGGAAAAUCGGGGCCCCAAAGAACCCAAGCUGGCCGUGACUCGACUAUAUGUGAGAAAAAGUUGAAAACCCUUGAAAAUAUUCAAUUUCUGGUUUAUUUUUUUCGUUAAUAGUCAGCCAAUAAGGACGUUUUCGUUGUUUUUUUUGACAUGCAUUUAAAAACACCAGAGAAGUCCCUAUAGGGUUCUUCGAUGAUUCUUUCAACCUUCAGGGCUUAGGGGUCAUAUCCUGUGUCCUUAUAUAGAGCACUUUUUUGUCCCCUACAAAUGUUUUCCCUUAACCCCUUUAGUGGCCACUCUGGCCUUCCUAAGUAGUUUUUUCAAUGUCAAACAAUGAAAAUGUCUUUAAGAAUUCUUUGCUACAAUUGAACGAAACAAAAAAUGUUCCAGCCACUUGAAGCGGCAUUGGGAUCUGAACCCGAGACCGUCUCCCUGCGUUACCUGGUUCAUCUCGAGGUUCCGAAAGUCGUCGGACGUCCUGAAAAAUGAAGUCGAAUCCAAGUUGGCUUUCUCAAUAGAUAGAAAAAAUUUAAGGGAAAUUUCAGAGUGGAACGUCUUCAGAAAGAUUGGAAUAGCUAUGUCAAGUCGAUGAUGCCCGCUGACAUGGAACUGACCAGGAACAAGAAGAUGGCGGUGAGCGAUUCGAAAAAAACUUUUAUUUUCUUGUAUGUAAUGGACUAGGCGGUGAACAAGAACUUUCGUAGUCUCUUCAGUUUUUGAAUGUCAGGUACAAUGACGUCAUUUGAAAACGCCCUGUAAAUGGCUAUGAUUGGUUUGUCGCGUCGUUAGGGGCGGAGCUUAAGCGAAGACUUGACAUUCAAAAUCUGAACAGACUAUAGUCCCGUAUCAAAAACUGCCUUUGGCGAACUAGAAGUGUAGUUGAUCAAUUUGGUUUGUUUAUUCGAAUAUUUUUUAGCGGAAAAGUUCCGAAGGCUCCUUUUUGAGCUCUAGAAAGGUUGCAAAAAGUUCUUCCAAGUUCCUCUUUUCCACAUUUUUUGGAACUCAGUUCUUGAAAAGGUUGCAAAAAGAUUUUUCUAGCACUUUUUUUUUGCAAAUGGGACUUCCGAUCGGGUUUUCACCAGCUUUGAGGAAUCUUACUGAAUACGAAAAGUCGAAUUCCCCCUUUUUUUCUACUAGGGAAAGGCAAGGUUCAUCCACCCUUUUAAUAAUUUUUUCGUCUCUCUAUCUUUUUCUCGCCUUUUGAGCACCUUUUUUCCUCUUUUAAAGAACCUUAUGAGACAGAAGCUCCUCAAAGGAGAAGUUAGGAAAGAAUUUUCGAGGUCUAAAAAUUCAUUUUUUAGGCUUCUCUGGUCUUGAGGAUUGUAUGUGUUACCGAGAAAACUUUUUAAAAAAAUAUUUUCAUCAGCUUUUCUCACUUCUUUUUCAAUUUAUAGAAAUUUAACGAUGCGUAUUCUAUAAAAUAGAGUAUAAUAGUGGAAUCCAAGGCUUUUUUUAAAGUUACUAUCACUUUUUUUCCAUCUUAUCAACAUACCUUUCCGAAAGUUCAGGUCCGAACUUCGGAUGACACUGCGCUGUUUGCUGGAUCCCGUUCUGCGGCUGCGAAAACCCUGAGGACUACGAAUCUCGGCGAAGUGACACCUAAAGUGCUUUUCUUCCCAAAAAAUUGAACUUUCAAUGGGGAAUUUCAGUCAAAACCGUCGAAAAAGAGGAAAUUCGACAGUGUCGACGUGUUGAGUCACCGGAACCGCAUCUACAUGAGAAGUCGUUUCAGUGCCAAAGAACGGGAUCAAGUGAGUUUUUUGAUUCUGUGAGAGGGUCUAAGUGACCUUUUGAGAGGCCUAAAGAAAAAAUGGCGAUUGAAAAAAAAACCAGCGAAAAUUCAAACGGCGACUUUUCCGAUUUUUUCAUAGGAAAACAAUGUUAAUAGAUGUUUUAUAAACCGCAAAAUAUAAGGGAAAAAAAGUCGGAAAGGGAUUCGGCGGAAAGUUCCCUAGCGAUAUGAAAAAAUCAGAAAAGUCGCUGGCUUUUUUUCAUUCACCCAAAGAAGAAAAAACUCUCUCUUGAAUUUCUCAAAAAAGGAGCAAAAGCUGUUUCUGAGCUUGUUUUUUUCAAUCUUUUCAAGAAAGAGGACCUUUUAUCUGCCUUUCAUUUUUCUUUUUUUGAUAUGUUUAUAUAGAUUUCUUAUCACCAUAUGAUCUCCUUUUCAUUGAAAAAGAAAGUCAUGAAAAUUCGCUAGAUUUUUUUUGCUCCUUUUAGAAGUCUUUUAAGCUUUUCCUCAGUUUCUAAACGAUUUUCCAUGAUUUGAAACGCUAUAAACUUGUCCAUUAAUUUGUGGAACUCUGUUUCAACCGUUUUUUUCAUUUUUUAUUGAUAUCCGUCAUGUUUCUGGUGCAGAUUAUGCACAGAAAACUUGAUUCGAAAAAAAUAACAUUUCGUCAUAUUUUGGGACAAAAAGAAACUGAGUGAUGAAAUUUUUAUCUUUCCAUGCAUUUUUUGCGGAAAAAAAAACAAGAAAAGCGUGAAAAAAUUCCUAAGAAGGUCAUAAAAUUCCAAUUCGCCAUAUCUUUCAAAAAAAGGAGAAAAAUAAGAAAUAUUCAAAAAUAUUUUCAGCUCAUCAUCAUCCGAGCAAUCGGCUUCUUUCUGAACCCGGUUUAUCGAUUUUGGCUUGAGCCGACCGUUUUGAGGGACAUUAUGCAUGAGUACGUGCCGGAGUCUCGUACCAAGACUGUUCAGGUUGAGAAAUUUGUCUUUUUCUUUUAAUUUUGCUCAAAAAUCUUUAAAGGAUCAUGCAGAAAGUUUCAAAAAGGUAUUGAGAAAAAUGACCAUUUUUUUGAGCUUUUAAAGUAUCUAUGAGCCUUUAAAGGAGUAAUCCUUGAAAGAGCUCAUUUUUAACGAAAUUAUAUGAUUUACUUGCUCUUUUCAGAGUUUGAUGGCGGCCGGAGUCCGAGAAAUGACCCGAUCUCAUCGUUUGGCCUACCUGAGAAGGGUUGUCAGGAACUUGGCAACUUUUAAAGUGAAAAGAAAGACUUCUAACUCUAGAAUAAAGUUUUUUUUUAGGAAAUGCGAACAUUCCGAAGCGAGCUGGCCUCGAUCCAACUUCACACGGCCGAAGAAAAGUCGGAGUUUUUCAGGAAAGUCUACGAAGUCGCUGUCAAACUUCUCUUUUUGUACGUUUUUUGAGAAAUAAUCGAAACUGUGUAGUUUAUAGUACAAUGGGUAAGGUCAAGUAAAGGUCAAAGUUUAGUUUGAGAUUAUUUAAGAACGAUUCAAAUUUUUCAAAGGGUUUUAGCUUGAAAAAUCGAUCCUGAGUAGGAGAAUUGACAAGAAAAAAUAAUAUGAUCAUUAAGAUUCUAUUCAAAAAAGUUUAGUUCCAAAAGUUUUGGAUCACGUGAAGCUUAUUUGCGUGUAGUGGACGACGUCUUGGCAAAAACGGGAAAAAAUUUGAGUUUUCGGCUUUUUAAAAAUCUUUAAGAGGUUCUACAUGUAUGUGAGCAUAGGCGAAUUUCACAAAAAUUUCAAAAAAAAAAAAAUAGUUUUCUGUGUGAUCCAAGUUUUUUUCCGAUUUCUAAACGGGCUGUACUCUUCGGAGGCGGUUUCCAUAAACUUUUACGGCCGAUACUUUUCCGAACCGGGAAUUUCCGAAUCGAAAUCCGAAUCGAUACUUUUCCGAAUCGUACUUUUCCGAAUCGGGUGUAUACUUUUCCGAACCCAAAUUUAUUAUGCUUUUCCGAAUCGGUUUUCCAAUUUUAUUCAGGUAGAACCUUUCUUUCGAUCUUCUCAUUUCCGACCGGUUCCAUAUAAUUUUUCUCGAUUGGUUUCAAGCUCUGCCGUAAUUAGUCAGAGACUUCUUUUUCAGAUCAUUCUUUCCAAAAAUUUCUUUAUAUUCUGUUCGAUUUUUAGUUCAAAUUUGGCAUAAUUUGAUCUAUAAUUUCUUUUAUAGACCACCGAGAUUAGAAAUUACCUCGGCACAGAAUGUGUCAAGUGCCCUGAUCUUUGCAUGACUUUUUCAGAUUUUCAGAAUUCCUUGAUUUUUUUUCAAUCAAUAUACAUCAUUUCAUUCGUUGUUUCAGUCAAACAUGUCAUCGACUAAGCCUUGAUCAACAACAUUUUGAGUUCUAUCGAUCAGCUGCCUUUAGUGAUGGCAGCUUAUCGAUAUGACUCGAAAAGUUAUUGCUCAAAGCUUAGCCGAUGAAAUUUAUGGAAAUGAAAAGUAAAAUGCAGAAAAUUCUGAAAAUCUGAAAAAGUCAUGCAAAGAUCAGGGCACUUGACACAUUCUGUGCCGAGGUAAUUUCUAAUCUCGGUGGUCUCUAAAAGAAAUUAUAGAUCAAAUUAUGCCAAAUUUGAACUAAAAUCGAACAGAAUAUAAAGAAAUUUUGGAAAGAAUGAUCUGAAAAGAAGUCUCUGACUAAUUACGGCAGAGCCUGAAACCGAUCGAGAAAAAUUAUAUGGAACCGGUCGGAAAUGAGAAGAUCGAAAGAAAGGUUCUACCUGAAAAAAAUGGAAGACCGAUUCGGAAAAGCAUAAUAAAUUUGGGUUCGGAAAAGUAUACACCCGAUUCGGAAAAGUACGAUUCGGAAAAGUAUCGAUUCGGAAAAGUAUCGAUUCGGAUUUCGAUUCGGAAAAUCCCGGUUCGGAAAAGUAUCGGCCACUUUUACGGAGCGUAAAUGAAUUUAACGCAGUUGAACAUGAGUUUUUCAAAGGGUUAUGCGAACCUCGUAGGCUGAAAGCGUUCAAUAAUAAGAAAUGGGAAGUUUCUCCUCUGAAGAAGCCAUUUACGCACUCACUUUACGCUCCGUAGACAUUUAAAACGUAAACUUGAGAUUUUCACAUGUAUAUGCAAACUUUGUGAGCUGAAAGCGUUAUACAAGAGUGAAUAACAUUUUUUCUUCUAGAAAAUCUAUAUACGCACUUCAUUUACGCUGUGUAAACUUUCAGGUUUAUACAUUCGCUUUGGUUUGCGCGAAAAAUGACCAAAAUCACUAUGAAUUUUUGCAUUUAUUGGAACCAGGAGCCAUAUAAAUGGAAGCGUUUUCAGCGUAAAGGAGUUUGAAGCAUGUAAUCUUGAAAAUUUUUCACAACUAUGCGAACUUUGUGAGCUGAAAGCGUCACACGAGUAUAAAUAUUAAAAGUUUUCCUUUCGGAUAAGCUAUUUACGCUGCGUAAACGUUCAAAUGUAUGGCCAUUGAACUGUUCGGUGUCUAGGGACAACGACGUCCUGCCGCACGUUUUGACGUCGGACAAGGACUUCUCCAACUACCUCAGCCGCUGCAACGUCUUCAUCACGCCGGAGCCCACGACGACCGCGGCUUUGCCUCUGAGAUGCCGAAAACCCGAGAACUUCUCCCAUAUUCAUCACUGCGUCACUGUCAAUAUCCUUCUAGUACGGAUCUGUUAUGCAGGUUUUUAUAAAAUCACAAUUUAGUCCGUUCUCCUACAUUUCUACGACAGCGGCUUCUCGGAAAACCUUCUUGAGCAGGUUUCAGCGACCGUCGUACACAACGCCCUUCAAGUGAGAGAUGUCUUUUGUUGGGGAUGCUGGGAAAAUUGGAAUAAAUACAUUUUUUUAAUGAAAAAGUAGAUGAUGAGAAGCUUGUGAAGUUUAUCUGGAGUAAAAUUAAAAAAAGGAAACUUCAAAUUAAAAAUUCUUUUUUCUGCCUCGAAAAAUCAUAGCAUUUUGCGAUUUUUUUAUUCUGUUUCAUUUUUUUAGAAUCUCUUACUUUUUUUAUGCGAAAAUUCGAAUUUUCAGGAAAAAAAUCCAAUAAAGUUUGAAGCUUGUCAUUCAAAAUUUUCAGCUUUUUCCUUCGGUUCCUAGGAAAUUUGUUGGAAUUUUGAAUAAUAUCUCGAGUUAAUAUAAAAUUUUUUGAUCUUGGUACAUCUUUCCUUUCUCUUACUGGCUUUUUCCAUGCGAAAAUUUGAGAAACGGCUCCUUCUAAGAAAAUAAUUCAAUAAAAUUUGGAACUUGUCAUUCAAACUUUUUCAGUCUUAUUCCUCGGUUCUUGAGAAAUGUGUUCGAUUCUAAAUAAUAUCUCGAGUUGAUAUAAAUUUUUCUUGAUGUGGGUACUUUUUUUCUUUUUCUCUUAUCGACUUUUUUUCAUACGAAAAAUUUCAUGAAAACUGUUAUUUUCUAGGAAAAAAAGGGUUAUAAAAACGCUCCAGUGAUUCCUCAGGGGUUUUUUUCAAUUUAACUUGAUAAGAACAAUUUCUGAUGCCAGUAAAUUUUUCUUGUAAAUUACUGAUUUAUUCAUGCGAAAAUUUAAAAAAAAGCCAUUCUUUUCUAGAAAGAAAGGUCGUUCAAAAGUUCCAGAUUCGAAAAAAAAAAACCAAAUUUUUUGAUAUAAGUACAUUUUUUAUUUCUCUUACAGUUUUUUCAUGUGAAAUUUUCAAAAAUAAACGCCUUCUUCCAAAAAGAAAAAGGGUCAAACCUUGAAGUUUUUUUCAAAAUUAUGCUUUUUGGUCGUUUCCAAGUGUUAUUUUGGCACAAAAAUUGCAUUUUCCUUAAUUUAGAAAACUCAACAAAUCUCGUUUCGUGAAUUCCUGGUUGAAUGAUCCAGCCUUCCUCCUUUCAGACUUUCUUCAAACUUUAUAUGAUCCUUCAUAGGUUCUACGAGCCGAUGGACUGGUUUCCCGAGUUCGGUCGACCGACCCGACCUCCUCCAUCAUGGCCAAAAACCAGGCCGUUCUCUCCCAUUAGUAAGCAAUGAUGCAACUAAUCACUGUUCAAAAAAAACUGUCCAGCUUCCGCUCGUUCUUCACCCAUCGCUACAAGCCGGACCUCAUCGACGAGCUUUCCGAAAUGCUCGAAGAGCUCGAGGAGGCUGGCGACGUCGCCGAGCUGCUCGGCGAUAACGCGUCCCUCGUCGUCAUCGCCUCCUCCGCCUUCUACAACAACAAAGAACGGGAUCUGAAAGUGCGCGUCGACGACGACAUCCUCAACGCGUUCGGCGUCUUCCACGAACCCAACUCGAUAAAGCAGAUACGCUACCUGGAAUCGACCAAUAUUCACCUGGAAAAGGUAGGGACUUUGAGAGAUAUGACCAGCAAGCUUUCAAGUUUCAAAAUAGAGCGUUAAAUUGAAGAGGGCGCAGAAAAGUUAGACUUUUUCAAGUUUUGAAAUUAAAAUGAUCAAGGAAAGGAAAAUAUAAUAUUUAAUCCAUUUUUGAAAAAAAUCUUUGAAAGUGUCUACUCAAGUGGAAAUUAUAAAUCUGCUUGGGAUGUUCAUAAAUUCAAAAAUUCCAGUCAAUUACUGAAAUUCUACGCCAUCUAGUCAGCUGAAACUUUGCUGAAGUGUACUUUAAGACCUCCUGAUUCCAGAACAAGAAGAAAAUUUCUCGCAAUAGAUCUCGUUUUCGAGUUAGGACACUUCAAAAGCCCGAAAUAGCGCUUUUUUGGCCUAAUUUGCGUAUUUUGCACACUUUGAAGCUCUAUAACUCAGAAACAAGAUCUAUUGCGAGAAAUUUUUUUCUUGUUCUGAAAUCAGGAGGUCCUAAAGUACACUUCAGCAAAGUUUCAGCAAAAGUUCAACCGGGGGGUAAAAAACGUUCCCUGGUGAGAGCGGAAGGAAAAAAUACCUAUUGUAGCACUCGAAAAUUGUCAAGUCGCGACGAAUAAACUACAAUUUUUUUUUCCAAACUAUAAAGUUUUUCAGGUCCGCGUUUUCUUCCCGAAACAGGCGAAGGGCAAGAAGUUCGACUCGAGGUUCAACCUGGAAGAAAAAGAUCCGCCGUUGCCCACCGUUGAAGAACUUUUGAAGUUGAUCGAUAAGUACGCUAUAAUCAAAAAUUAUCCCCAAACAUAACCUUUUUUUGAAGUUCUCGGUCUCUUUCUGAUGUUCCUCUGCCUUUCGAAGAUUGGCUGCAAACUCGCGAUCCGGCUGAGAGAAGGCUUUUGAAAAUCUUCUACGACAAUAUUCUUCUCACCGAAGCGUUUGGCGUCUGCGUCGCUGAUAUUCGGGUUGGUUCUAUGUGGUUUUUUUCAGAUUUCUCAAGAUUUUUCAUUCGAACCUUAAAUCCUCAUCGAAACUCGAAAAUCUGUAGGAGCUCGCCUGGGCGAGGUUCGUCGACAUUGACCGGUUCCUGAAGAUCCUCGGCGAGGGCGGCCAGAUUGUCGAAGUUGGCGUCGACACCCGCCGCUGGGUCUCCACCACGUUUUCUGGCGCCUGGUGCGUGACCAUCGAGAACCGCCGCUACUGUCCGAGGCCGUGGGUCAAGCCUACAGGUACAUUACAAUGUUCAUUAGGUUCAUCCAUAUAGAUAGGCAAAACCUAAAGGUUCCCCUAACGACCCUCAGAACGUGUUGUAAACGUUCCGAUAAAAGCUCCUAAGCUCUUAUUUUAUACCUUUACAGGAAGUGGCUUUUCAGCACCGCUUUUUUAAAGGAAAUGAGAAAGAUGCUAACUUGAAUAAAAUUUAUUGCUUCUAACCUAUUUUUUUAAAAGAACCUUAUGCGGGGUUUUUUUUAACCGAGUUAAUUCAAGAUGGUACUAACAAGGUUAACGGCCGGUCAAUAUUUUGCAGUCCACGAACUUUUCAAAUUUUUUCGAACUUUGUUGGGCUAUCGUAUUACGACCGGCCGCCUGAAACUUGUCCAUUUUCUUGUCAAAAAUUUAUGCUCAAACAGAGUCAAAGAAAAGAUUUGAAUUUCUCGGACUCGCCUUUAGUUAGACCAAGUUUAAAAGGUUAUGAAGCUUUUUUUGAAUUCAUAAUCGAGUUUGUCUGAAAUAGGUUUUCUACGCUUGGCUAAUAGAAAUCCGAAAACUUUUUUUUAUCGUGUCAAAAUCUUGCUUAAGCCGGCCGUAAACCACAUUCUCGAAUCCUCAUAAAAAUAAUUUGAAGGUGGACUCUGCGCGGCGACGAUCCGCUGGAUGGCCGAAGCCGUUCUUAUGUUUGUCGUGGCGAGACCCGGUUGUCCGGUCAGAUUCCAAGUUAUUUUCUAUUUUUCUGUUGUAAUUUUCAGGUUCGAGAAAUAAUGAACUCGAAGGAAUUCGCCCUGCAGCACAUUGUCCUCGAGGAAUUGGUAAUUUUUCUUCCAGUUUGUGAAAAAUAAUUGGUAGUUGAAGGGAUUUAUGAAAAGUACUUGAAAAGGGGUUCUAAGUGGUCACUAGAGAGAAUUUCAUAAACUUCGAAAUUAUCAGAGGGGGUUAAUCACCUAGUGUCUUCUGUUUUUUCCUCCCCUGGAAGAUCACCAUACUAUCCCGAAGUCUCGCGAAAAAUAAAUUGAUUGAUUGAUUGAAGAUUACCGUUCUGGAAGCAGCGAAAUGCCUGAAGGUCGAGGAGAAUUCCUACAAGAGUGGCAGGCUUUCGUCGCCUUUUGAAGGUUUGUCGAGUGAAAAUGAAGCUGAAGAAAUAAUUAAUUCUCUUUUUCAGCUGCGAGCAAAAACGUGACAGUUCGGAUGUUGUGCCCCUCAGUUGACGCCAUCGAGCGAUUCUCGAAUAUUUUCAAAGGUAUUGCGAGGUUCUGAAUGAACAAAUUUGAGUUUUUGUCGGUUUCCGAAAUUGUCGUUGAACACGAACAUCUUGACCUUCUUGUAGUGUUAAUAAUUUUUUUUUCGAUUUUUCAUGAUCCAGUAGAGAACCUCCUUGAAGUCUCAAUAAAAGUUCCAUAAGUUUCGAAGUUUGGGACGGAGAUUAUAGGGGAAAACCUGAGGUAGGCCCUAAAAGGAGUUCGAGAUUCUGUGGGUCCUGAAGGAAGGGUAUUAGAUCCAGUAGAGAUCUUUCUCGAAAAAAGGAUUCAGUAGAGAACCUUCUUGAAUACUCAAUGAGAUCAACAAAACUUUCAAAGUUUUGGGCGGAGAUUAUAGGGGAAAAGCUGAAGUGGGUCCUAAAGGAAGUUUGAGUUACAGUGGGUCCUAAAGGGAGGGUAUUAAGACCUCCUAAAGGGGAAAACAAAUUUAAAGACAUACAGUUUUUAAAACUAGGAAGAGGGUUAUAUAAAUUCACGACUAGCUUGGGACGCAAAGGGGCAUGGCUUGUCUGCGCUCUCCACCAACCAGCCAUCUCUCUUUUCUUAUCGUGUCAGGACCCUUUUUUCGGUGGCUCAAGCCAGCUGUGAAUCAACUAUUCCUAAAACUGUUCCUUAUAAAAUUGGGAAGAGUACCUUUUUGCCACUUUUCUUCAGCCUAUAGUUUUUUUCUUUUUAAGCCAUAAAGAUUAUUAUAAAAACACAGGGCCUUUUAGAGGCCUCGAAACGGAAUCCUUCUAAAGACUUUUUGGCGAGAGUUUCUACUUUCCGAAAGAAAUUUGAAAAAAAACCUCAUUUUCUAGGAGUUCAACUCCUGCCGACGAUGCAUGGCUCCAUGCGCCUUGGAAAUUCCGAUUACUGA